AUGGAUGAGCCUUUGCUGGAGUCAUCAGAUUGCGGGAAUUGCUACGGGGCCCUCUUCCUUUGCUGUCAGUGUCGCUCGCGCGGGCGCUGGAAUGGUUGCUGCGGUUUGGUUUCCUUCGGCUGCCUGUUCACGGUGGCCUUUUGGAUCGGCGUGACCCGAAACUUGCACUGCAGCCCAGAGAUCUUAGCUCAAGUGGAUCCGCCGUACGGUGGGCAACUCCUACCUGCCAACUUCACGCUGGUCGAGCGGAAGUACCUCCUCAUCCAAUUCACCAAGCUGGUGGAUGUCUACGAUGCAAACCAAACUCAUGUGGGUUAUUUCUACGACAUCAACCUCUUUGUGAUCAUGCGCUUUGGCUUCUCUGAUGCUCAUGGCCGCAUUUGGUUCGAAGCCCGCUAUGCCUCCUUCCUGUCGCGCUUCAAGCCCAUCAUUGAAUACAACGUGCAGCGCUGCGACGCGGGGGCGGCCGGGCGGCCGUCGAGCUUCUACGAGCUGAAGGAGCUCUGGUGGGCGGAAUCCUAUUGGCAUUGUUUGGUGAACUGCUCCAGGCAAUUUAAUUUGGCACAUCACACGGCCACAGCCGAGGUGCGGGAACAUUUGCUGCCAAGCUGGAACUUCGGCACUCAUCCGGAGUUCAAGGUCUCCUUCGAUGGUUGGCUGGUGCCCACGGUCCGUGGUCAGAUCACCGGCACGGUGAGCAGCCUGGGCACCGGCGUGCGGCCUGAUUGGUCCAUGCACAUCACCGAUGCGAAGGGGUCAACGGUGGGCCAUGCACAUCAGCAUUUUGUGGUCGGCCCUCCAGACCAGGACAUGCGAGUGCUGUCGCGCUGGAAGGUGGUGACGGUGUUGGAAGGCCGGCUGCCACAUUGGAUGGUGGGUUUCUUGGCUGUUCUGGAUGACGCUUGGCAAAAGGGCACUCCGCGAGAACGGCGACUGGAGUUGUUCUUCGCUCUUCACGACAACGCGAAGGAACCCCCGACCGCCCCGCGGGUCGAGCUCCGCAGUCGAGCGCCCGACCGUAUGUCAACUCCUGGAUCGCUGGCACGAGGCGCAGAGCUGGCCGAUGUGUCUCGCUUGGACGUGCCGCUGCGUGUCACCCAUGUUGGAUGGUGGAAUCCGCUGCGGGAGGGGCGGGAGGUCGUUUUCGGCUGUCCAGGUGUCGCAUGGCGUAUGGACCGGCGAUCCACGGUACGUCCUGAGGUGAACACCGGCUCCGGCAACCGGAAGGUCUCACAGGCCAUCAAGAACCAGCUCUCGGCGAUCCUGAAUCACCGGUUCACCAUCAGUGGCCGGGGGGAGGAAGACUACCUGGCGGGCCACGUUUGCGAGCUCGCUGGCAGGAUCGACUUGAGAGAGGAGAUUCGAAAGACCAUGAUGCAGCCGCAGAUUUCGCAGUUGCGCUUCCUGGUGUGCGGAGGCGACGGCACCGUGACCUGGGUGCUCCACGAAAUCGAGGAGUUGAAAGAAGAGCAUCCGCACCUCUUCGCCAACUUCCAAGAGGAGCCGGCGAUCGGCGUCGUUCCGGCGGGCACGGGCAACGACCUGGCCAGAUCACUAGGCUGGGGCGCCAAGCUGCGGAGCGUCCGCGAGCUGGUGGGCUACGUGCAGUGGACGCUGGCUGCAGACAUCGUACCGCUCGACCAGUGGAAGGUGACCAUGACCUUUAAGAACUUGUUGGGUGUGACCGUGCGAGCGCCGCCUGCGUUUCACGAGAAGCCUCCGCCCGUGCUCAACAGCGACCGGACCUUCGAAGGCUUCUUCCAGAAUUACUUCUCCAUUGGCAUGGACGCCAAUGUGGCUUUGGGCGUGAGUCAAGCCCGAGCCUCCUGCAUAGGCCGGUGUUGCUUUUUCUUCGGCUGUGGCAAGUGCUGCUACGGCGCGCAGGCCUAUCGCACCGGAGUCUUCAACUGCUGUUCCCACGGGCUUAGCCUCGAAGGUCACGCGAUCCAAUACCGGAGCUUAGCUGCGCCGGCCGCCACGACCGGCAUGGAAACCCUCGAGGUGGGCCGGAUCCGGCAACUGACGUUGGCGAACAUCAACUCCUAUGCCUCCGGGCGCGUGCUGCUGUCCACCGAAGAGCUGGGGAAAAGUUCGCCCAACGACCACCUCCUCGAGCUGGUGACCUUCCCCAACUCCUGCGCGUUUGGCUGGGUCAUGGCCGGCGGACGAGCCAAGGUGCUUCAGCGGGCCGCCGCGGUGCGCUUUUCGCUGGAACGUGCCGAGACCAUCCAAAUCGCCUGGGGCCCUGGCAGCUCUCGCGGCGACCCGGGUCGCAGCGGCUGA